UAUCAUAGCCAUCGACUGAUCUGUUGUUUAUACGAUCAGUUUUCUGCUUUCGUGGUCGAUAUUCGAAACUACUUUUGCUUCUUAAUUAUUAACUCUACGUAGUGUUAUUACUAAACGUUUCAUGAUGCCGGAAGAAGUGCCUCAUUUUGUACCCCCGGAAAUACAAAAUAAUCCGUUCGGAUGGGGACCGUGUGAAAUGCCGGAUCAAUUUAAAGACAUGCCAUAUCAACCAUUUUCAAAGGGAGAUCGUAUGGGAAAAAUUUCUGACUGGACUGGUAUGUCACAAGACAAGAAAUAUUUGAACAAAUACCAAUCUCAGUUCGGUGGUGGUACACAGUAUACAUAUUAUCACGAAGAAGAUGAAAACACAUUCCAUUUAGUUGAUACAGCUCGUGUGCAAAAACCUCCCUAUCAGCGUGGUCGUCAUUUCCGUCAAGGAGGUCGAAUGAUGCGUGGACAAGGGGGCCGUGGUGGACUUUCACGUUUGCCUGGUGGUUCCAAUCAAUUCCAAUCGCUAGGAAAGUUAAACAAACUUCAAAGGGAUCGUAAAAAUCCAAAUGCACGUAGAGGUUGGAAUAAGAAUCAAGGUGGACGAUCCAAUAAAAAUAAUAUGCAAAUGAAAAGUCGUGAUGCUUCAGUUACGGUACGUGCUGAUUGGAAUACUAUUGAAGAAAUGGAUUUUGUAAGGUUUUCAAAAUUAUCAUUGCCAUCAGUUAAAGAGCCAGAAGAUCUUGUAUGCUGUGGUUCUUUGGAAUACUAUGAUAAAUCAUAUGAUCGAAUAAAUGUUAAAAAUGAAAAGCCUUUGCAACGUGUAGAUAGGCUUUUCCAUACUGUGACUACUACUGAUGAUCCGAUUAUAAGAAAAUUGGUAAAAACUGUUGGUAAUGUUUAUGCUACGGAUGCUAUAUUAGCUUGCUUAAUGUGUUGUACUCGAUCUAACUAUAGCUGGGAUAUAGUUAUUGAAAAAGUUGGUGAUAAAUUAUUCUUUGACAAAAGAGAUAACACCGAAUUUGAUUUACUUACUGUCAAUGAGACUGCUGUUGAACCUCCAUCGGAAGAAGCAAAUAGUUUAAAUUCUCCAAGAAAUCUGGCAUUGGAAGCUACAUUUAUUAACCAUAAUUUUUCUCAACAAGUACUAAAAACUGGUGAAGCACGGUAUAAGUUUGAUGAACCCAAUCCAUUCGUUUCUGAUGAUGAAACUGAUGGAGAAGUAGCAUCUGUUGCUUAUCGUUACCGCAAGUGGGAUUUGGAUAAUGGAAUUGUAUUGGUUGCUAGAUGUGAACAUGAUUCAGUAUUAUUAGUUCCCAAUGGAGAUUUACAGUUUUUGACUAUCAAAGCACUUAAUGAAUGGGAUUCUAAGUUAUCUGGUGGAGUAGAUUGGCGUCACAAAUUGGAUGUACAACGUGGAGGAGUUUUAGCCACUGAAUUGCGUAACAAUGCUUGUAAGUUAGCAAAAUGGACAGUACAAGCUUUAUUGGCCGGAUCGGAUUACAUUAAGUUUGGAUAUGUUAGUCGUGUACAAGUGCGUGAUUCAUCAAAACAUGUAAUAUUGGGUACACAGCAAUAUAAGCCAACUGAGUUUGCCACACAAAUAAAUCUUAACAUGGAUAAUGCAUGGGGAAUAUUACGAUGCAUUAUAGAUUUGUGUAUGAAACAAAAGGAUGGCAAAUAUCUUAUAAUGAAAGAUCCAAAUAAGCCACUCAUUCGUUUGUAUGACAUUCCUGAUAACACUUUUGAUUCAGAUAAUGAUGAGAAUGAAGAUGACGAUAGUGGGGAAAAGUCUACGAUACCACCUGAACUCCUUGUACCGAAUCCUUAGAGAACAUUUAAUUUAAACAUUUAUUUUUUCAUUUUAAUUAGUCAUUUAAAAAUAUACUCUUACAAACA